AUGGACGGCAAGCAUGGGUGGUACAGCGGCAGUAGGUGCCGGCCGCCGGCGAUCAACGACGUGCAGCAACUCAAGGACAGCUUUGGAGGCAAGGAGGCAGCCACGGCGCCGUGGUUCUUCCACCGACGGCGACGAGCCGAGGCCAGCGUGCAGGCACGGGAGGGCGGCGCCGGGCGAGAGCUACUGGUCUCCCAUCUGGUGGACGAGGAUCGCCGAGCUGGUGGCCAUGUCGACGGGGACGACACGGCGUGGGACGACGGGCAGGGGAUCGGCCUCACGGACGCCGAUGCCAACGGCCAGCACUGCUGUGACGACAUCACCGUCGCCGACGUCGCCGUGCCGUACUGGCAGCGACCGGCGGGUCCGACAUGGUGGUGCCACGUCGCAGCGGGGCACCCGGCCGUGGACGCGUGGCUGGCUACCAGCGCGCGGUGGCUGCACCCGGCAAUCUGCGUCGCGCUCAGGGAUGAGACCAUGCUCAUCAGUGAGAAGAUGAAGCAUCUGCUCUAUGAGGUUCCUGUUAGAGUUUCAGGAGGCUUGCUUUUCGAGCUAUUAGGCCAGUCGGUAGGCGAUCAGACUCAGGAUGAAGACGACAUUCCUAUUGUGAUCCGUGCUUGGCAAGCUCAAAAUUUUCUGAUAACAGCUCUCCAUGUGAAAGGUUCAGCACCAAACGUCAACGUUAUAGGAGUUACGGAGGUCCAGGAGCUUCUUUCUACCUGUGGAAGCACAGUUCCCAAGAGUAUUCAUGAAGUUAUAGCACAUUUUGCUUCCCGACUUGCUCGAUGGGAUGACAGACUAUGGCGGAAAUACGUAUUCGGUGCAGCUGACGAAAUUGAACUUAAAUUUGUAAACAGGCGAAACGAAGAAAACCUGAACCUGCUAUGUAUAAUCUUCAACCAAGACAUUAGAAGGUUGGCCACCCAGGUUAUCAGAGUGAAAUGGUCACUACAUGCUAGAGAGGAGAUAAUAUUUGAACUCCUAAAGUAUCUAGGGGGAAGCACCACACAAUCCUUGCUUGAGGAUGUAAAGAAAGACGCAAGGAAAAUGAUUGAAGAGCAAGAGGCUGUCCGCGGCCGGCUGUUCACCAUUCAGGAUGUGAUGCAGAGCACUGUCCGUGCUUGGUUGCAGGACAAAAGCCUUCGCAUUACACAUAACCUGACAAUAUUCGGUGGGUGCGGCCUCAUUCUGUCCAUCAUCACAGGACUGUUUGGUAUCAGUGUCGACGGGAUACCUGGGUGCUUAGAACACUCAAUAUGCUUUUGCAUUGUUCACUGGUCUUCUGUUCUUAGUACGACUCCUGUUGAUCGUCGCCGGGAAUAUCUAUUUUGGGCUGCAAAAUCCGAUCAGCGAUCAACAGGUUCAGUUAAGAAACUGGGAAGAUACUUCUCACUUGAAGCUAAAAACGAGCCAUCCCUCCACGGUUACCACCUGCCAAAGAGCGAGCAGAUGCAGCAGCCUGGUGGCACCAUGCCCACCUCUGAAGAAACUCCCCAGGGCGUCAUUCCUUUUAGCUAUCAUUUUCAUCGUCAGGACGUGCUCACUGAACUCUGCAGCACUUCGUCACAAAUUGACAACUCCGACUUGAUCGAAUGA